GUGCGUGUUGCCAGACUUGGUGCUGUGUGUGAGGAAACUUGUGUGUGUAUACUGCGGACGCACGGACGGUGUCUGAUGGCAAUGCGGAGGUAAACAGUUCAUCUGCCGCCGAGAAGCUUCCGGCAGAACUCCAUAAGAAAUUCUGAUGAUUUUAACCGCUGCUGCUAACAGACGUGUUCACUCGGCUGGCCGGAGUGCCGCUGAGCAAACUGCUCCGAGCCAAUGAACCAGUGAAGAAACAAACACCCCCCCCUCUCUCAGCAGCGUAAUGUAAGGCGAUGCUCACUUGGCCAACAUGGCCAGUGUCACGCUGCGGUACUUCUGUUAUGGCUGCCUCGUCACCUCGGCGACCUGGUCCGUCCUCCUCUUCCUCUACUUCUCUCUGGGGGCGGAGCCUGGACACGGCAGGACCCCCCUACAGCACCGCAGCCAGCCAAUCACCAGGGGCCUGGCUGACCAGCGGGCAGGGCGUCGGCCUCUACCGGCCAGUAAGGGAGUAGAGCUGUCACCAGAGAUGGGGAUGAUAUUUAACGAAGCAGAUCAGGUGGUCAGGGACACCGGGUACCAUCGCCAUGCCUUCAACGUCCUCAUCUCCACCAGACUGGGCUACCACAGAGAGCUGCCUGACACCAGAGACUCCCAGUGUCGGGACAAGGUGUAUCCUCUGGUUCUACCUUCUGCCAGCGUAGUGAUCUGUUUCUUCAACGAGGCGUUCUCCGCCCUGCUGAGGACCGUCCACAGCGUGUUGGACCGGACGCCGGCCUACCUGCUGCACGAGAUCAUCCUGGUGGACGACCACAGCGAGCUUGAGGAGCUAAAGGACGACCUGGACCGGUACGUCAGGGAGGAGCUGCAGGGUAAAGUCAAACUGGUGAGGAACCAGAGGAGGGAAGGACUCAUCAGAGGACGCAUGAUAGGAGCCUCGCAUGCUACUGGUGAGGUGCUGGUCUUCCUGGACAGUCACUGUGAGGUGAACCAGGCGUGGCUGCAGCCUCUGCUGGCACCGAUCCAGGAGGAGCGCCGCACCGUUGUCUGCCCGGUCAUCGACAUCAUCUCAGCUGACACGCUCGCCUACUCGCCCUCUCCCAUCGUCAGGGGCGGCUUCAACUGGGGGCUGCACUUCAAGUGGGACCCUGUCCCCCCCGCUGAGCUCAACGGGCCUGAGGGAAGCAUUGGACCAAUCAGGUCUCCCACCAUGGCCGGUGGUCUCUUUGCCAUGAACAGGAAGUACUUCAAUGAGCUCGGCCAAUAUGACGCCGGCAUGGACAUCUGGGGCGGGGAAAACCUGGAAAUCUCCUUCAGGAUCUGGAUGUGUGGCGGACAGCUGCUCAUCAUCCCCUGCUCCAGAGUUGGCCAUAUCUUCAGGAAGAGGCGGCCCUACGGCUCUCCUGGGGGGCAGGACACCAUGGCGCACAAUUCCCUGCGGUUAGCGCAUGUGUGGAUGGACGAGUACAAGGAGCAGUAUCUGUCUCUGCGUCCAGAGCUGCGUGAACGCAGUUACGGCGACAUCAGUGAGCGAGUGGCAUUGAGGAAACGGCUGCAGUGUCGCUCCUUUCGUUGGUACCUGGACACAGUCUACCCUGAGAUGCAGACUGUUGCCAAUGGCAACAAGCAGCAGCCGCCACUGUUCAUCAACAAGGGUCUGAGACGCCCCAAAGUCCUGCAGAGAGGACGGCUCCGUAACCUAGCGACCAGGCGUUGUCUCGUGGCUCAGGGCCGAGCCAGUCAGAAGGGUGGAGCUGUCGUCCUACGACCAUGUGACCCCCGUGACCCCGAACAGGACUGGGCCUAUGAUGAGGAGGGUCAACUGGUGCUUGCAGGUCUGCUGUGUCUGGACGUGUCAGAGGUCAGGACCUUUGAUCCCCCCAGACUUAUGAAAUGUCACGGGUCAGGGGGGUCUCAGCAGUGGAGCCUGGGGAAAUCUAACCGGCUCUACCAGGUCUCGGUUGGUCAGUGUCUCUCGGUCGCCCAGCCGAUUGGGCCUAAGGGUUACGUUUCCAUGGUGAUCUGUGAUGCGUCUCAGGCGCAGCAGUGGCAGCUGGAGGACUGAAUAUCCUGGAAUAUCCCGGACGUCUGCAUCAAUUUAUUUUUCUUUCAGUCCUUGAAAGUCCUGGAGUUAACACUAUGAACUGUGAGGUGUUUCCACGGAGAUACCAGGAGGUCCUGGAGGACAGGAGGAGUCUGAAGUCAGACCAUAUCAUGAUCGUUUAAGGACUGACAUGGAUCCAUGUGGUCUGGACUCUGGUCUCUGGACCUCAGUGACAGGAUCACAGUUUUUAAACUUUGUCUUUGUGUCAUUUCACCAAUAAAUUCACAGUGAACUUUAAA